AUGCUGUUCGACCAGACGAUGGAGGCAAGUUGUGGUGCGGAUUCCAAGAUGUUCCUGUGUACUGCACAGGCCACGAUGCCCCUGUCUACUGCACAGACAACGAUGAUGUCUACUACACAAACCACGAUGAUCCUGAGUGUCUACUGCACAGACCACGAUGUUCCUGUCUACUGCACAGACCACGAUGUUCUUGUCAACUGCACAGACCACGAUGUUCCUGUCUACUGCACAGACCACGAUGUUCUUGUCAACUGCACAGACCACGAUGCAUAUGCUUCUGUUUACUGCACAAACCACGAUGCUUCUGUCUACUGCACAGACCACGAUGUUCUUGUCAACUGCACAGACCACGAUGUUCCUAUCUACUGCACAGACCACGAUGUUCUUGUAAACUGCACAGACCACGAUGUUCCUAUCUACUGCACAGACCACGAUGUUCUUGUCAACUGCACAGACCACGAUGUUCCUAUCUACUGCACAGACCACGAUGUUCUUGUCAACUGCACAGACCACGAUGUUCCUAUCUACUGCACAGACAACGAUGUUCUUGUAAACUGCACAGACCACGAUGUUCCUAUCUACUGCACAGACAACGAUGAUGUCUACUACACAGACCACGACGUUCCUAUCUAUUGCAUAUACCACGAUGUUCCCGUCAACUGCACCGACCACGAUGCUUACCACGAUGUUCCUGUCUACUGCACAGACCACGAUGUUCUUGUCAACUGCACAGACCACGAUGUUCCUAUCUACUGCACAGACCACGAUGUUCUUGUCAACUGCACAGACCACGAUGUUCCUAUCUACUGCACAGACCACGAUGUUCUUGUCAACUGCACAGACCACGAUGUUCCUAUCUACUGCACAGACCACGAUGUUCUUGUAAACUGCACAGACCACGAUGCAUAUGCUUCUGUUUACUGCACAAACCACGAUGCUUCUGUUUACUGCACAGACCACGAUGCUUCUGUCUACUGCACAGACCACGAUGUUCCUGUCAACUGCACAGACCACGAUGCCCCUGUCUACUGCACAGACAACGAUGAUGUCUACUACACAGGCCACGACGUUCCUAUCUAUUGCACAUACCACGAUGUUCCCGUCAACUGCACCGACCACGAUGCUUCUGUCUACUGCACAGACCAAGAUGCUUCUGACUACUGCACAGACCAAGAUGCUUCUGUCUACUGCACAGACCACGAUGUUCCUAUCUACUGCACCGACCACGAUGUUCCUUUCUACUUCACAGACAGUCGUUCAUCGUUUCGAACAAAACGCCAUUGGAGUGUCUGGCGUCAUGACGUGAUUUCGCGAACAAGCUGCCUGUGA